ACAAAAACGAUCUGAGAUGGAGAGCAGCACAUGAUUUAAAUCUCAUCUGAUUCCGUCGAAGAAGAUGGCGACGGUUUCUAUGUCCCUCUCGUUUCCGGCGUUAAGCUUUCAUAAUUUCCGGCGCACCAAGCGGUUCUCCGGUAUGGCUUCGGCGAGCGCAAACAAAGAAGCCACUUCUGUGGGAGUGAGAAUCACGGAAGGGGAAGGCAAGCAACCAAAGGUUGUGCUCACUUCUGUUCAGGGCAGUGAAGCUGAGGUAUAUUUGUUUGGGGGUUGCAUUACAUCUUGGAAAGUUCCAAAUGGCAGAGAUCUGCUUUUUGUUCGACCAGAUUCUGUAUUUAACAAAAAGAAGCCAAUCAGGUAAUUUUCAAGCCACCUUAAUCCGUAGUUAGUUUUCUGCAGUUUUCUUGCUUUCAGCUCUGGUAAUUGUGUUUUUGAUAAGAUUUCAGUGAUUAGUGAAAAAGAUAUGUGAUCUAUGUAUAGCGUGCCAGUGUCUGGUAUGGCCUUGGACUAGGUAGAAUGGACAAAAAGGAUUAUGUAGGAAACUGCAACUAGUUUUGGUUUAAGAUUUAUUUGAGUUUUAUUGAGCAUACUGUCUAUAGAGAGAGGGAGAGAGAGGGAGAGAGAGAGAGAGAGAGAGAUACAGGACGUUUAAUUUUUAUCUCUAGCAUGGAUUUUUAAUUGAUCUCAGCUUCAUUUCAGUUAAUUUAGACUGUAUUAUGGAAACUUAACCAAGCUGAGGUUGGAUACUGACCGUAUCUCCAUUUGGGUAGUGGAGGCAUUCCCCAUUGUUUCCCUCAGUUUGGACCUGGCCCAAUGCAGCAGCAUGGAUUUGCAAGGAAUAUGGAUUGGUCCGUCAUUGAUUCUGAAAAUGUGGAAGGUAAUCCUAUUGUGACUCUUGAACUAAAAGAUGGUCCUUACAGUCGCUCCAUGUGGGAUUUUGGCUUUCAGGCUAUAUAUAAGGUCAUUCUAAAUGGGAAGAGUAUUUCAACAGAACUAAGUAUAACAAAUACAGACAAUAAGCCGUUUUCAUUCAAUGCUGCCUUGCAUACAUAUUUCCAUGCAUCUGUAACAGGGGCAUCUGUGAGAGGUUUGAAAGGUUGCAAAACUCUUAAUAAAGAUCCAGAUCCAAAGAAUCCUAUUGAGGGUCAGGAAGAAAGGGAUGUCGUCACCUUUCCUGGAUUUGUAGAUUGCAUUUACCUUGAUACUCCUGAUGAAUUGAGCCUUGACAAUGGCUUGGGUGAUGUCAUAUCUAUCAGGAAUACUAAUUGGUCAGAUGCUGUUUUGUGGAACCCACAUCUCCAAAUGGAAGCAUCUUACAGAGAUUUCGUUUGUGUUGAAAAUGCUAAGAUUGGAACUGUCCAGCUAGACCCAGAACAGGCUUGGACAGCAAAGCAGCAUUUUAGCGUUAGCUGAAUUGCUCAAAUGUAUGUUGCACUUCUUUCAAAGUUUGUAGAACCUCUUGCUUGCUCCCUUCUUUUACUUUUUGAAAGUUUAGCAUUUUGUUCUGUAAUCCUUUCCAGCUACAUGAGAUAGAACUUGGUGUAGUUAUAGGUUCAUAUUGUGAUUUCCCGUUACUGUCUUAAUAUAUUAUCAUUUUAGUU